AUGGUCCAACUCCAAUUCACUCUUUUAUUAUCAAUUUUAUCAUCAUUCACUGGUUUAGCUGCUGCUAAAGCUGGUGACAUUGGUACUGCUUCAAAUGUCCAAGACAAUGACAAAUUAAGACCUCAAUUUCAUUUAACUCCAGGUAAAGGUUGGAUGAACGAUCCAGAUGGGUUAUGGUAUGAUAGAAAGGAAAAAUUAUGGCACGCAUAUUAUCAACAUAAUCCAGAUCAUAAUAUUUGGAACUCUCCAAUCUCAUGGGGUCAUUCAGUUUCUCCAGAUUUAGUCUCAUGGUACUAUUAUGGUAAUGCUUUAACUCCUGAAGAUUCUUCAAUUGGUUUUUUCUCUGGUUCUAUUGUUGUUGAUAGAAAUAACACUUCCGGUUUCUUUGAUGAUUCAGUUGAUCCAGAUCAAAGAGUUGUUGCUAUGUACACUAAAAACACUGAUAAAGAAACUCAAGAAUUAGCUUACUCAAAAGAUGGUGGUUUUGAAUGGGAAUACUACAGCCAAAACCCAGUUAUUAAUAUCAACACUGCUCAACAACGUGAUCCAAAGAUUAUCUGGCACGAGGAUUCCCAAAAAUGGGUUGCUUUAAUUGCUAGAACACAAAAAUUUGCUAUUCAAAUCUGGACUUCAAAAGAUUUAAAGAACUGGGAACAUGUUUCUGAUUUCGAAAAAGAAGGUAUUUUAGGUUUCCAAUAUGAAAUGCCAGGUUUAUUAAAAUUACCAGUUGAAAAUCCAUCAAAAGGUGAUGGUAAAACUCAUAAAUGGGUUAUGUUCGUUGCUUUACAUCCAGGUUCUCCAAUUGGUGGUCCAUUAAAUCAAUACUUCAUUGGUGAUUUCGAUGGUGAAACUUUCACUCCAGAUGAUCAUGCUACAAGAAUUCAAGAUUAUGGUAGAGAUUAUUAUUCAUUCACAACCUUUGAUUCAGCUAACCCAGCAGAUGGUCCAAACUUAGGUUUAGCAUGGGCUACCAACUGGCAAUACGCUACAAUUGUUCCAACUGAAAACUACAGAUCAUCAAUGACUCAAGUUAGAAACUACACUUUAAGAAACGUUGAUUACAAUCCAGAAUACACUGAUUUAACUUUAAUUCAAACUCCAGUUCUUGAAACUUAUGAAACCAAACAAAAUGAAUCAUUGAAAACCUGGACUCAAACUCAAGAAUAUUCCAAGAACAACUUUGAUUUAGAUUCAUCAUCAACUGUUAACACCAACUUCAACGGUCACAACAAUGCUUCAGGUGUUUUAGAUUUCAACAUGACUUUCGUCAUUACUUCAGGUAAAGGUUGGUCAGAUGGUUUAUCUCCAUUCACUAUUACUAUCAAUUCUGAUCAAGUUAAUGGUAAAUCUGAUAACAUUUCUGUCACUUUCGAUGCUUCUGGUCAAACUUGGGUUGUUGAUAGAACUACUACUCAUGCAUUCCAAAGAAAUCAACAUGAAUUUGGUGAAAGAAUGGGUCAAUAUGUUAACCCAAGAGGUUACAGAGACACUGGUGCUUAUUACUCAGUUUAUGGUUUCGUUGAUAGAUCAAUGUUAGAAUUAUACUUCAACGAUGGUGAAAUGACCAUGACCAACACUUUCUUCUUAGCUGAUGGUAGAGUUCCAGCUGAUAUUACUGUUAACUGUGGUUUCGAUGAUUCAUUCAUCCAUGUUGAAGAAUUCAAAGCAAAAGCUUAUGCUUUAAAAUCUAAUGUUAACGUUGAUAACAGAAACCCAUUUGAAAAAGCUGCUGAUGAUGUCAAGGAAUUAAUUGAAAAAUUAUUACCAAGCAAAAGUAACAACUAG